CAACACCCCUCCACACACCUUGACACACCCAGUACUCAUCCAGAAUGUCGAUCCUAGUCACAGAUCUCAAACCUCACUUGGCGCUUGUAACAGGGGCAAGCGGAGGAAUUGGAAGAGCAACAUGUCUGGCGUUGGCAAACAUGGGUUGUUCGAUAGCAGUGCAUUACCACUCGUCCGAGGACAAAGCAGUCACUCUUGUGAAGGAAUUGAAGAGCAAAGGUGUGAGAGCCGAGGCAUUUAGAGCGGAUUUGACGAAAUAUGAAGAGGUUCGCUCACUCCACAAAGCCGUUGUCGACACCCUUGGCCCGCCCACCAUUCUCUUCAAUAAUGCUGGUCUCACCUUGAAGAGUGGCAUCAAAGCCAUCACCGAGAUUAGCAUCGAUGACUUUGAGCAUACAUGGCGUGCCAAUUGCGGAUCAGCAUUUCUCAUGACCCAGCUUUGCUUGCCAGAUAUGGAGAAAAAAGGUUGGGGUAGAGUCAUCUUCUGCUCGAGUGUUGCUGGAUUCAAUGGAGGGGUUGUUGGACCUCAUUAUGCGUCUUCGAAGUCUGCUCUUCAUGGAUUGAUUCAUUGGCUUGCCGGAGCGUAUUCUAAGACAGGUGUUACCGUCAAUGGUGUAGCUCCUGCUUUGAUUCAGGAGACUACCAUGCUGCCUGGGAACAAUGAAGAGCUAGCCAAGAAAAUCCCAAUUGGACGCUUGGGAUACCCAGAAGAGGUAGCCGAGACUGUUAUCUGGAUGGUCAAGACUGGUUAUGUUACGAACAAAGUCAUUGGCGUAGAUGGGGGUUUCUUUGUUCAGUAGAAUGUCUUGCAAACAUUUUCUUACAAUGCAUCAAACGAAU